UGGUGUCCAUGUUGAUAUAUGGUAUUGGAUACCUACCAAUUAUCCUGGGAAUUUCUUUGGAAUGUCCAUUAGGCUAUUUUGCUGCAACAUUGUUCUCAUGGAUUUACACUGUCGAAUUUUUCAUCAAUGCGUUCUGCCGACAAGAAAACGCUGUAUCAUAUAUUUUGUUAUUCAUGUCCGUCCUACCAGAGAUCGUCUGUUUUGUAAUCCUCAGCGUUGGUCUUCCACUACAACUGGGAAUUUCCCUUCAGAAAAGAUUUAAAUGCAGAUCAAAAACGACAUCUAAUAUUUCGGAAAAUGAAGUCUGCUAUAAAUCCAUGGAAAAUUCCUUCCAGUGGACCUAUGUUAAGAAUCUCUUACGGAAAUCUCAUGAACCUCUAACAAACAAGCAUUUUCAUCAAAAGGGUGUGGAAAAGUUAAAGAGUCUGAUGCAGUGCCUGCUUUAUGUAAGAUCUGAUGAUUUCCGACUUUCCGCAAGAAUGGUAUCGAUAAUCACGGUGGGACUGAUAAUCACCUAUAAAAUCACUUUCAUCGUCACAACUAACGUCUAUGACAUGACCAGGUUUUUCCAGGAAAACAUUAUUUGUCAGUUUGCAGAAAUAGGUAUCGACGUUCAAUCGACUGAUACAGACGCCAUAAUAGCUCUCAGAAAAUUACUUUUCAUCGCCUAUAAAUUUGUGAUCAAUUUUAAAGAGUGCUUCCUGAUGACCAUGGUUACGUGUUUUGUACUAAAUCUCAUUUUUCUAAACCAGGCACUCAUAACAUACAGAAACAACUUAUUGUCCUUGUACAAAGGGAUAUCUCCAAAGCAUCUAACUUCAAAGGAGGAAACGUCAAAUCCAAGACUGAUGUGUGGGAGUAUCCGGUACGCAGGAUAUCAAGUGGGCCAUAUUGGAGGUGGAUUUACGAUCCAGUGCUUUACGACGAUAAUCAACUCCUCAGUUGUGGCAAUGGUUGUUGCAUUGUGGGAGUAUUUUGGAAAAUAUCUUCAGGACAAGUUUCAAGAUAUUAUGAUAAUACUUUACACAGCCAUUAUAGUUAACGUCAUACAGUUUCUAUUGUCCAAAUUUGUUUUCCUCCAGGAAAAAGGCAAUUUGCUGGCCAUUGAAAGCAGACGAUUAUUCUUUUUGUUCACCUACUUCAUGUUCUUCUACUAUAUCUUCAUCGCCAUCUUCCAUUCCAUUUUGAGAAUUUUGGCCUCUGUAAUCUUCGGGACGUUUCUUCUACCUCGCAUUGACUAUAGUGUACUUCCAAGAAAAUGUCAAAUUAUAGAUUUAGGAUUUUUUGCAUAUUGUGGAUUUUUGCACUUAGAGAGUUCCCAUACCAACCCCAUUGCAAUGGUGUUCAUUUCGAUAUUGCAAGCCGAAUCUCAACGCUCACGGACAGAAAGGAAACAUUAUGAAAAAGGCUAUGGAACAUGUUUAGAAUGGGGUUCUACAGAGGACAGGAAAAAGAUAGAUCGCAAACGAAGAAAAGCAAAAUUAUAUUGGGGCCUUGCUUUCACUCUUGUGAAGAACCCAAGUCUCUUGCAUUUAAGGAUCAAUUCAUGAAUUGAUUCAAGUUAUCAAAAUGCAUUUCUUUCUUGAGAAGCGCUUAUGCAGUAUUAUUGUAAUAUGCAUACUUUAUUAAAUAAAGGCA